CUCAAGAAGCUCGCCUUCGAGCUCGACGCGGCGACGGCCGGGCGCCUCGGCACGGACGCGCCCUGGGACGCGGGCGUCGCGUGGCGCGUCCCGGACACGAACGUGAACCUGAGCGGCGCGCUCCAGCGCGGCAAGUCGAGCCUCAUCAUCUCCCACGUCCCCGACGACUCCGCGAACCUCCUCGGGCCCAACGGCUUCAACAAGCCCCGCGUCGGCGCGGGCGACCUCGCGCUCUCCUAC